UAAACUUUCUCGGACUUCAUACAUAAAACACAUAGACUUUGUGUUUGAACCUUCUUUAUCUAAACUCUGGAUCCUCCUGGAGUAACACAGAUGCCAGCAGUGUAGUUCUACUGUAAGAUAUAUUUAUUAGUCUCCUGAGGUUGAGAAAGUUCCAAAAGCUCAGAGCCACAGUCCCAGCAGAUGAGUCCACGCUAAAUAGUGUAGUCAUCUUUAAAUUCUUCCAGUAUCAUCACCCUUGUGAAAAAUUCAGCCCUUGCUGCUGUUCCUGGCUUCCCCUGGGUCUCCGCUGUGUUGCCCCUUGGGCCCCAGGCACCUUCUCAGCAGCUGGUGGAGUGAAAGACUGAAUUGACUUGGAGACCAUUUUCUCUUAUGUACAAUGAUAAAGGAAAAAUCUCUCUGCUUUGAGGCCUGUUUCUAAGAAAGUAAAGGCAUCUGUUUUUCACCACACAUUGAUAAUUUAUACCAGUCCAUUCAACAAAACAUGAAGACUAAAACCAAAGGGAAGAAACAAAGGCAAACUGUUGACAAAGAAGCAUUUUCCGAAGAGCCAGCCAUGAGAAAAAAGGAACUGGUGAAAUGUUUGCGACGCAAAGAAAGGAGGAAUGGGGCAAAUAAAGAGAGCAGCAAGAUCCCCACAGCCAGAGCCAAGCGUCCUUGGAGCAGUAAGGACAGGCUGUUGAGGAGGCUGGAAAGCAACGAGCGCGAGAGGCAGAGAAUGCACAAGCUCAACAACGCCUUCCAGGCCUUGCGGGAGGUGAUCCCUCACGUGAGAGCUGAGAACAAACUUUCCAAAAUAGAGACUCUCACGCUGGCCAAAAAUUACAUUAAAUCCUUGACCUCCAUUAUACUCAAUAUGUCCAAUGGACACUUUCCAGCAGUGGAAGGGAUGGGAGGAACCUGGGGAUCCAAAUUGUACCAGCAUUAUCAGCAGCAGCAUGGGGAGGAUGACCAGGAGGAACAUCUACAGAAAUAUUCCACAUAGAUUCAUAACUUCAGCCAAAACACCAACUGCCAACUACUACUGUCAUUAUUUUUCCUUCUUACAUCAUAAUAUGUGUCAUAACCUAGAAGUUUCAAGAGAUUAUUUUUGUCUCCAGUCUCUCCUUUUUUUUCUUAAAAAGACAAACAGGUAACACUCAUGGCUACUGUUUUUAUAUGGCACGUUAAAAAAUUAUCUUAAACCCUCAGAA